AUGGCGUAUACAGGGCAUGAGUUCAAGGAUUUGAGGAAGCCCAAGGUUCAACCUUCUGCCACAGUCAAGACCACGUUGUUCAUUUUCUUCGUGUUCAUUCGCGCGAUCCACCCCACGGUGAUUGAUGCCUCCAAAAGCAUCGGGGAAGAUGGGACCAAGUUCUUCGCAUAUGGACCUCAGACCGCCAACUUGGCCGAGGUGGGCAUGUCGAUGCUGGUGGCUCAGGCCUUGGCGUGGUGGCGCGGGGAGUGGAUGACAAUUUGGAACCCGGCUCCACUGAAGAUUUUCACGAUGAUCGGCUUCCUUUUCGGUCUUGGGGACUACCUCGAAAUGCGGAGCAUGGUGUCGCUCGGUGGAGGUUCCUAUCAAAUUCUUCUCCAGUCGAGGCUGCUGAUCACUGCACUGAUGCUGUGGCUGGUAAGUGGCAAAGGCCAGACGCCAUUUCAGUGGAAUUUGCUUGCACUCGUCGUGUGCUCCAUGUCUGUGUACAUGUGUCUCGACAUGCACCGUGACACGGACGAUGGCGAUUCAGAUAAGCUGCUGGGGACGGUCAACGUGGUGCUGAAGGUGACAGUGAGCUGCCUCGCUGCCGUGCUCACGGACAGGUACACCAAGCAGUUCAACGAUCCUGUAUAUAUACAAGCAGUGCAGCUGCGUGUCUCGCGGACUCUCCUUCUUGCGGUAUUAGUGUGUUUGGAUGGAAAGACGCUGAACAACGGCUUCUUUCAUGGGUGGGACUCUUGCACUGUCGCUGUGGCCGUAACGCACAUGCUGAAGGCAUGGAGCACACUAUAUCUCCUUGUGUACUUGGACUCCGUCCUGAAGAACAUGGGCGAGAGUUUGGCUGUACUAGGCACUUACCUCAUGGAGGUGCUGCUGCCGAUAUUCCAAACCACAUUCGACAUCCGCACCCUCUUGGCGGUCAUGGUUGUCAUGCUAUCUGUAUACACGUAUGUCAGUUCCAAGCCCGUGGUGACAAAGUCCGUGCAAUUCGAUGCGCUACAGGCUGCGUGA